AUGGUGGGUACACUCUCGACGCCCUCGAGCUCAACAUCAGCCUCGACAUAUAAUGGUCCAACUACAAUCUUCUGCCCCCCGAGCUCGUCGCCGUAUCUCAAAUAUCUCGCCGACCCCAGCCCCACACCUGUGGAUGUUCCGCGUGGUACUCCAUCAGUAGUUAAAGAUAACGGAUUUGCUCUAUAUCUUCCCUUCUCGGUCUCGACGUCGACAGUAGUGGAUGCGACCACAUUGAUCGAUGCACUAUCGAUUCCUUCGGAGAAACUGGGCACUGGAUCCGGUGGGACGGUUUACGUCUUGAGCGCAACUGCUGGGAAUACGGCAGUUGCGACGCUCACAGCAUAUGACAGCGUCACUUUGGGAGAAUCAGUCACCUUAUACAUCCCAUAUACAAACCACCUUCCCAGAAAGGUGACUGUGGGUCUAUUGUUCGACCAACUGCAACAGGCAUUCGAGACAGGGCAGACCUCGCCACCAGCAGUGGCAACUGGUGGGCCAUCGUCGAGUCCUGGCUCACCGGCAGCAUCAAGUGCGCUGUCGAUCAGCGCUUCCACCUCCUCACGCUCUUCCGUACACACUCCACCAUCAACAGAUGACCCAUCUCAAGACGCCGACGGAAUUCCGCCAGGUGCUCUCGCUGGAGGCAUCGUGGGCGCAUUCUUUGCUGGCCUGGUGUUGUGCGCUCUGAUUUUCAUGUGCUUGCGACGGCGAAAGGCAAAGCCCACGCCAUCGCAGGCCGAAGAGGAUCAGUCCAGCACUGGAAGCAACGGCGCAAGGCAUUUCUCGAACGACAAAGGGCCAAGAGUUGCCACCACGCUGUCCGGCGUGACCGAUUGGACCAAACACAUACCACAAGACAAAGGCGACGGUGCAAUCAGCUCAGCAUUGGAAUCAGUUUUCAACCAAAUUCAGACCCACGUCGAAGGUUUCUACGAAGCAAAGCCGGGGUUAAUCUCACAAGGAGAUAUUGAGGGCGUCAAGAGGGUCUCGUCAGACAGCCUUCCCUGGACGCUGAUGCAGUCCAGCGAUGCCGCAGUACUUCUUGAGGCUGUAUUAGUCCGCUGGGUCGUCCAUAGGAUAUCUGGAAGAUCAGCGGCAGCUGAAUCACUCUUACCGGCGGAGCUCACCGCAAUCCCCGAGAUGAAUCAAUGGCAUAUGGAGAGGGACGGGUCUGUCGACGGCACCCGGAGCCGAGGGCAGCGAGGAUUUACGCAAGCAUUUUCUCAAUGGCGCAAGCUGACAGGCUUCCUCGCACAAGAGCCGAGGACCCAUGAUGCAUCCAGGAGCCAGCUCAACUCCAAGAUCGAGAUUGCAGUUCAGAGGUUGACAGAAGCGUUGUCGCCGUGGGAAAUUUCCAGGAAGAGCAAGGCGAGCCUGAGUCUGCACAAAAUCCUUCUCCAAGCCAGCGAUGCAGGAACACUGCUUUUCACGCAGUCUUCAUCGUACGUUUUUGACUGGUCGAGCGGAGAAGGCGGCUAUGGCAGAACGCUCGUUGUAUCUCCAGCGCUGGUGAGAGACUCUGAGGGGGAUGCGACAGAGUCUCAUCGUAUGCAGGAUCGACGGGUGCUUGUCGCUGCAAAGACGGUCAAGGCAGCCGGGUAG